CUCUUGACUGGCGAGUCUAAAAAUAAUCAACUUUUUUCACUCCAGCUCUGACUGUAUUUUAUUUCUCUUCUACUUCUUUCUUUUCUCUGCCUGUUGUCUUUCAUUUUAAUUCCCAGCCAUCCGGAAUGAAACGGUUUCAGUGAGGAGUUUUACUUUAAUCCGAGAUUGACUCCGGGCUCGUUGGGAGCCGUUGGCUUGUGGCAUGGGUGUGUCGUUUUGUGGCAACAAUAAGGAUGCCUACAAUGUGGGGAAAAACGUGCUGAACAAUGGCUGCUUCGUGGACGCCCUCAACCUGGUUCCUCAUGUCUUCUUGCUCUUCAUCACAUUCCCAAUCCUCUUCAUUGGUUGGGGCAGUCAGAGCUCUAAGGUGCAGAUCCAUCAUAACACAUGGCUCCAUUUCCCCGGCCACAACAUGAGGUGGAUCCUCACCUUCCUGCUGCUGUUCGUCCACGUGUGUGAGUUUGCGGAGGGCAUCGUCUCCAAUAAUGUGAUGACAACAAACCAUCUUCAUCUCUUUAUGCCGGCAUUCAUGGGUUUUAUAGCAGCGACAACAUCAGUGGUUUACUACCACAACAUAGAGACAUCCAACUUCCCCAAACUGCUGCUUGUCCUCUUCAUCUACUGGGUGUUGGCAUUUGUCACAAAGUCCAUUAAGCUGUGGAAGUUUACUGAGUUCCAUGUUGGACCUCAGCAUCUGAGGUUCUGCAUCACGACUCUCUUGGUGAUCCUGUACGGACUUCUGAUGGGAGUGGAGAUAAACGUCAUCCGAGUCAGGAAAUAUGUAUUCUUUGCCAACCCUCAGAAGGUGAAACCACCAGAAGAUUUGCAGGAUUUGGGAGUUCGCUUUCUGCAACCGUUUGUCAACUUGCUCUCCAAGGCCACAUAUUGGUGGAUGAAUCCUCUCAUCAUUGGUGCUCAUAAGAGGCCAAUAGAGCUGAAGAAGAUUGGCAAGUUGCCCAUUGCCAUGAGAGCCCUGACCAACUACCUGCGCCUCAAAGAUGCAUACGAGGAUCAGAGGACAGCUGAAGACCCAGAUCGAUCUCCAUCCAUCUGGCGCUCCAUGUAUCGAGCGUUUGGCCGUCCCAUCUUACUCAGCAGCACUUUUCGUUAUCUGGCCGAUCUGCUGGGCUUUGCGGGUCCUCUCUGCAUCUCAGGCAUCGUUAAGUACCUGAAUGAAAAAGAUGAAGUUGCACCAGAAGACAAGAUGAAGGAAACCUAUUUAGGAGUCUACUUCAUGUAUUCCACUGAACUUCUGCAGAACAGCUCCGUCCUGGCUGUUCUUCUCUUCUUGGCUUUAGUCCUGCAGAGAACCUUCCUGCAGGCCUCCUACUAUGUCACCAUAGAAACAGGCAUCAACCUGCGGGGAGCUCUGCUGGCAAUGAUUUACAACAAAAUCCUGCGUCUGUCCACCUCCAACAUGUCUAUGGGGGAGAUGACACUGGGGCAGAUCAACAACCUGGUUGCCAUAGAAACCAACCAGCUGAUGUGGUUCCUCUUCCUUUGCCCCAACCUAUGGGCAAUGCCUGUACAGAUUGUGAUGGGAGUCAUUUUGCUCCACUAUUUGCUGGGCUACAGCGCACUGGUAGGAGCAUCCGUCAUAGUUCUGCUGGCUCCAGUCCAGUACCUCAUAGCUACAAAGCUGGCAGACACACAAAAAAACACACUAGAGCACUCUACAGACAGACUGAAACAAACUACAGAGAUCUUAAAGGGCAUAAAGGUGUUGAAGCUGUAUGCCUGGGAGAAUAUUUUCUGUGACAGCGUAGAGGAGACCAGAGGCAAAGAACUCACCAGCCUCAGGACGUUCGCUUUCUACACAUCCAUGUCCAUUUUCAUGAAUGCUGCCAUUCCCAUCGCUGCUGUUCUGGCGACAUUUGUGACGCAUCACUUCCUCAAUGAAGUCGGUCCCAGUCCUUCUCAGGCCUUUGCAGCUCUGGCGUUGUUUCACAUCUUGGUCACCCCUCUCUUCCUGCUCUCCACUGUUGUCAGAUUUGCUGUGAAGGCUCUCGUCAGUGUCCAGAAGCUUGGUGAGUUUCUCCAGAGUGAUGAAAUUGGAGACGACAGCUGGAGAAAUGGUGACAUAUCUGUUUCUAUGGAAGCUAGAAAAAAACACCUGGGGAUGUCCAAAGCCUUCAACAGGAAGCAGCCAAUGCGUUACCAGAUGGACAACUACGAGCAGCCGACCAGGCGGCAGAUGAGACCCACAGAAACAGAGGAUGUGGCUGUAAAGGUGACCAAUGGAUCCUUCACCUGGGGAAACAACCUGCUGACGCUGUCAGACAUCAGCAUCCGCAUCCCCACAGGUCAGCUCACAAUGAUUGUGGGUCAAGUGGGCUGUGGGAAAUCCUCCCUGCUGCUGGCCAUGCUUGGUGAGAUGCAGGCAAUAGAUGGAUUGGUCUAUUGGAGCAAGCAGCCUGAUUGCGAGAUGGUCAACGAGGGGAACAUAAGCAAGAACAGAAACUCUGUGGCCUACGCUACCCAGAAGUCCUGGCUGCUCAAUGCCACCGUGGAAGAGAACAUCACCUUUGGCAGCCCCUUCAAUAAACAAAGGUACAAAGCAGUGAUUGACGCCUGCUCUCUUCAGCCAGACAUCGAUUUGCUACCAUUUGGAGACCAAACUGAGAUUGGGGAGAGGGGCAUCAACCUGAGUGGAGGCCAGAGGCAGAGAAUCUGUGUGGCCCGAGCUCUGUACCAGAACACCAACAUUGUCUUCUUGGAUGAUCCCUUCUCGGCUCUGGACAUCCACCUGAGCGAUCACCUGAUGCAGGAAGGAAUCCUCAAGUUUCUGCAGGAUGAUAAACGAACCGUGGUCCUAGUCACCCACAAGCUGCAGUAUCUCAUACAUGCAGACUGGAUUAUAGCAAUGAAGGAUGGCUCUGUGCUCAGAGAAGGAACCCUGAAAGAUAUCCAGACUCAUGACAUUGAGCUUUAUGAUCACUGGAAAACUCUGAUGAACAGACAGGACCAGGAGCUGGAGAAGGAUAUACAGCAAGAUAGUCAAACAACACUUGAGAGGAAGACUCUGAGGAGAGCUUUCUACUCCAGAGAGGCCAAGAAUCAAAUUGAUGAUGAGGAUGAAGAGGAGGAAGAGGAGGAAGAAGAAGAUGAUAAUAUGUCCAUGACUACCAGCAGAAGAUCAAAGAUUCCCUGGAAGGUGUGUUGGUGCUACCUGUCCUCUGGUGGCUUCUUCAUGGUCUUCAUGAUGGUUUCCUCAAAACUCCUCAAACACUCUGUCAUUGUUGCCAUUGAUUAUUGGCUGGCUGUCUCCACCUCCUCCGGGAAUGGAACCAGCCUGAACACCACUUUUACUACUGCUGGUAGUCCGGAUGCCAAGCAGAAUAGCAACUAUCUGCCAGUGUUCAUCAUCCUGUGUGCAGCUGGAAUCACUUUAUGCCUCAUCACAUCGCUCACCGUGGAGUUUCUGGGUCUUUCUGCAGCCACCAACCUUCACCACAACCUGCUUAACAAGAUCAUCCACGCUCCCAUCAGGUUUUUUGAUGUCACUCCUUUGGGGCAGAUCCUCAACAGAUUCUCAGCUGACACCAACAUCAUCGACCAGCAUAUUCCUCCAACUCUGGAGUCUUUGACCAGAUCCACGUUGCUCUGUCUGUCCGCCAUUGGAGUCAUAGCUUCCAUCACUCCUGCUUUUCUCAUUGCCUUGGUUCCCCUGGCAGUGGCCUUCUACUUCAUUCAGAAGUAUUUCCGGGUCGCCUCCAAGGAUCUCCAGGACCUGGAUGACUCCACACAGCUUCCUCUACUCUGUCACUUCUCUGAGACUGCAGAAGGCCUCACCACCAUUAGAGCUUUUAGACAUGAGGCACGUUUUAAACAGCGCAUGUUGGAGCUGACUGACACCAACAACACAGCCUACCUGUUUCUGUCUGCUGCUAAUCGUUGGCUGGAGCUUCGAACGGACUACCUUGGAGCUGUGAUUGUGCUGACAGCAGCAGUAGCCUCAAUAUGGAGUUUAAGAUAUGGUCUGCCCGCUGGAGGCCUGGUGGGCCUCGGCCUCACCUACGCCCUCACUAUCACCAACUACUUGAACUGGGUUGUGAGGAACCUGGCAGAUCUGGAGGUCCAGAUGGCAGCUGUGAAGAAAGUCAACAGCUUCCUGAGUACAGAGUCUGAGAACUACGAGGGAUCAAUGGAUUCCUCUCAGGUCCCCGAGAAGUGGCCCCAGGAUGGUGAGAUAAAGAUCCAGGACCUGUGUGUGCGCUACGAUCCCAUGCUCAAACCAGUUCUCAAACACGUCAAUGCGUACAUCAAACCGGGCCAGAAGGUGGGAAUCUGCGGUCGCACAGGCAGCGGGAAGUCUUCUCUGUCGCUGGCCUUCUUCAAUAUGGUGGAUAUUUUUGAAGGGAAGAUCCUCAUCGAUGGGAUCGACAUCUGCAAACUUCCUCUGCAGACUCUCAGGUCCCGACUCUCCAUCAUCCUCCAGGAUCCAGUGUUAUUUAGUGGGUCAAUAAGAUUUAAUCUGGAUCCAGAGAAAAAGUGCACGGAUGAUCGUCUGUGGGAGGCGCUAGAGAUCGCACAGCUGAAGAAUAUGGUGAAAGCACUGCCUGGAGGACUCGAUGCUGUUGUGACGGAGGGUGGGGAGAACUUCAGUGUUGGGCAGAGGCAGCUCUUCUGUUUAGCCAGAGCUUUCGUCAGAAAGAGCAGCAUCCUCAUCAUGGACGAAGCCACAGCAUCUAUAGACAUGGCCACGGAGAACAUCUUACAGAAGGUCGUGAUGACGGCGUUUGCAGACAGGACAGUUGUCACAAUUGCACACCGUGUCCACAGCAUCCUUACAGCUGAUCUGGUCAUCGUGAUGAAGCGAGGCAACAUUCUGGAGUACGACAAACCUGAGACUCUGCUGGAGCAGGAAGACGGGAUGUUUGCUUCGUUUGUCAAAGCCGACAUGUAGACUCGCACAACUCGCACAACAGCUGACAGACCUGUUUUUUAUCUGGACUCGUUCUCGAUGAGAACAAAACUCAAAGAUGCAACAGCUCUAGACUGAAACCAACCAUGUGAUGCUUCUUUAAUUAGCAUCACAAACAAGUGCAGAGAAAUAAGUUUAUAUUUAAAAAAAGAUUUUUAACCACGUAUUCAUACAUAUAUUAUGAAGACCAUGCUGCCAGUUGAAAGGAGUGUUACCAUGGUAACGUGUCAGCAUCUAGAAGAUAUAUUUCCCCUAUCAAAGUCAAACAUAAUCAAAGACAUUGUAAGAAAUUUAUAAAGUUUUUGACUCACUAAAGUUACCCCACAUACUGUUUAACUGAGCUCAGUGCAUUUAUUCUGACACUUUAAUUGGCUCUUUCAAGGCGAUCAAGAAUUAAAUUUGGAGAUUUCAUCCUUUUCCAAAACAAAGAUCAGUGAAAAAUAUGUUGUUUCUGGUGCUCAAUUUUGGAAUAACCAGAUUCUGUGUCAGGUCGUCUUCUUGGUAAAUCAGUAAAUAUAAGUGUGAAAUGAAACGAAGAAAUUCAGCCUACGUCUGAGACCAGCGUCUGUUCAGGUGACUGUUCCCUUACAACUGACCGAAUAGAAAUCACUCCCUCCAGGAUUUUGCAUUUUAUGUGAUUGUUGCAACUCAAAAUUCCUGAUUUAGCUGCAGCUUUUAUGAAAAGUUGCAAAAAAAAAGCUCUUUUUUUUUUGUUUUUCUUUUUGCAAAAGCAUCUGAAAUGUAUUUCAAAUGUAAAAUAUUAUCUUUAAAAGAAUUUGUCCAGUGCACAGUCCUUGCUGGCGGUUUUAGAUGACAACGGGGAGACGGUAGUCCAGUUUUAGAUGUAUAUUGAGUAAUGUGGGGGAGUGCGAAGAUUUGACCAAGUUGCAUUAAAUAUUUGGUGUUUGGGCAAAAUUGCAAAGACAAGCAGACUUCACGAGGAUUUUGUAUUAAUAGCUGUGAUCAUCGCUAAGUGUGAAGUGGUUGGGAUGGGAAUCAGCACCUCCAAAUUUGAGACCAUUCUCCUCAGCUGGAAAAGGGUGGAGUUUCCUCACCAGGUCUAGAAUGAGGUCCUUCCCCAAAUGUAGGAGUUUAAAUAUCUCUGGGUCUUGUUUGCGAGCAAGGGAAGGAUGAAGUGGGAGAUGGACAGGAGGAUCGGUGCAGCGUCCACAGUGAUGCAGACUCUGCGUCGGUCUGUCAUGGUGGAGAAAAAGGAGGUGAGACAGAAGGCAAAACUCUUGAUUUACCGUUUGAUCUACAUUCCUACCCUCACCUAUAGUCACCAGCUAGUUACUGAAAGAAUACGAUCAUGAAUACAAACUGAAAUGAGAUUCCUCUUCAGGGUGGCUGGACUCUCCCUUAGAGAUAGAGAUGAGGAGAGAGAUGGUCAAUAACACAUUACUGCAGAUAAAAAGAUUAAUCACCUGGUGCUGAUCCCAAACCAGACAAAACCACACUGGCCACCACAGCAAGCAAUAAGAUAAACUGAACAGUGUAAAUAUAUAGAAAUCUGGUUAGAAUGUACUCAUUUCAGGCUUCUGGAACAACAUGAUGUCUGACAUUUAAAUGGAUUUACAUUGAAUAUCUGAAUUUAGAGGCAGCUGGUUUUACCAAAGAGGUGUGAACACUUUCUCAUUUCUCUGUCACUUACCUGCAUCAGCUAAGAGUUUGGCUUUUCCUGGGAUCCGUAAACGGUGAGGGAACCAAACAGCCUCUAGAAUUUCAUUUAACCUUGCAGAGCUGUGAAGUUAGGAUUAAAGGUAUAGAGUUUUUAAGUCUUUUUAUAUUUGAAUCGUCUUAAAUAAACUUGUGUAAGAAUAUUAGUCAUCUUUAAAAUAACGCACCGUUUGUAUCAGUUUAUACUCGUUAGCACAGAUAUGCAGUAAAAAGCAAGAUGGUCUGAAUGUUGGCUUUGGCUUUUUUUUAACGGUUUCUCUCAUUGUGAAGGAUUUAAAUAUUUUUUUCUGACAGAAAUUAAAACUGUUAGUUUAAUUUUAGCUUUGUGUCCAUCUGAGGCAGCACUUGCAUCACAUCAGAUGAUGAAGAGGAACCGGAGGAUCAGCCUUUAAAGAUGAAGACUGGAAAACAGUUUCCAGGUUCAAUGAAUGCACCAGACUUUGGUGGAUUUGGUGCCAUCUUUGAUGCCUCAGGUUUUAUAUAAAUGACCGUACAGCAUCCUGGCAGGAAAUUACCACCACCAGGUCGAAUCAUGGGGAUUAAUCUGCAGAGAUGCUCCAGCUGAACUCUCAGCAUGGAACAAAAACAAUCCUUUUUUUUUCACAAACAGAAAACUAUCAAACCAAAAGCCAAAACAUUUAGUGGUUCGAGUAAUUAUAUUACACAUUAGUAAUUACCCACAGUCUUUAUGGUCUGAAUGUGUCACAAAGUGAGGAAGAAGAGGGCGCAAAUGAAGGCUCAGCUAGCAGGAAACGCAUCAAUUUUAGAUCAAGAAAAAUGUACAAAAAAAAUCAUUAAAAGUCUUAAAGGAAAAAUCCUGAAGCAACAGAUUCAGUCUUUACUUGAACCUAGCUGAUCAGAUGUGACCAGCUGUGUCCGCCUUCAAUCUCUUCUGUCGGAUGUAUUUCUAUGCUGGCAUUAGUACAAACACUGUAGGGUGUCACGGCUCCAUCUGCAGCUGCUGAACCUGCUGUCUGUCUGCGGUCAUGCUUUGCUGAACAUUUUUAUCAUCUUCUGGGACAACGGACACCAAAGAUGAGCUCCAACAAACUAGAGUGGUUGUUUUGGGAGGUUUUUGUUUUGUUUUUAUAGCAUCAAACAUACAGCUGCAUUAUUAUCAGUAUUAAUCAGUGGCCAAAUUGAAAUGAAAUGUGUUCUUACUGACAAACCCAAAGCAUCCACUUUCUUAGUUCAGCCCUAAAGAAUAUGGUGAACAUCUGCUGAACUGCACUUGAAGGCAGCAGCUGGUGGAGACCAAAGCUGAGCCUUAAUCUAGAAGAUGAAGAGGCAGCUUAAGGUUAAUGCUUAGGAACGCUGUGAUCAAAAGUCAGUUUUCUCUCCUGCAGCACAUAGGAAGCUCCAGCAUGAACAAUUUGACAGAGUUAUUGAAGCAUUUUGACUCUAAAUGGUUAGCAAGUAACUUUUUCUCUCAAAUCUAGUAGCUAAGACUGGAUACAGAGCAUCACUACAGACUCAUCUUAGCAACUUAUUUUUAACACCAGGAUGUUUUAUAUCUAUUUGAUCUUUAAAAGAACAUUCAGGGUUAUAAAAUCAUGUUAUGUCUGAAUUUUGCAUUUUUCUUACACAUCCAUAAAAAUUAUAACUACAUUUUUAAUCCUUCAUAAACAUAGCAUGCUCAAACUACAACAAACGUAUGUUUUUGCAUUGCAUGACAUUUACACUUUUAAAUGUUUUAAGCAAACUAAGGAAAAAGUUGUGAUGCUACAACAUUUCAGACGUGUAGAAAACUUCCUGUUACAUCUUUUCCUCCAUCAGCUCAGCUGGCUGCAUGCACAGGGAACUGAGUCCUUCAGAACUGCCAAAGAAUGAAGAUUUCUGAAUCAUUUGUUCGGCUGCUUCAGAAAAAUAAGUGGAAAUUUGGCCCUAAAUCUUUUCUUUUCUUGCAUUAAGAUUGUAAGUAAUUAUUAUUUAAUUAUAAAUUAAUUAUAGGGGAGAAAGUUGAUUCAAGCUGCCUCCAAAAAGUAAAAAAUAGCACAUUAUGGCAUUUUUUCCCCCCAGAAUCCCUUCAUCCCUCUAUCUGGGAGCGGUGCUGUUGUCCUUUUAUAUUAUUGUGUACUGAUUUUACUCUCCUGUACAGACUAAAUGCCAAAUAUACAACUUUAGCCUUUGUCUUUUAAGACAUCUGUUUCAUCUCACUUCAGCUUUUCAUUUUCUUUUUUAGCGAACUGCAGCGGAAGUUUUUUUUCUUCCACUUGGUUUAUCAGAUGUCAGCCUGUUCACAUCGACGUCUUUUACUUUUCCGUUGUUCUAUCUUUUGGUUUCUGCAGACAAGUUCUCUCCUCCACCUCCUUCGUUUGAUUCGUUAUGUUUAUUUUUUUCCCCCUCAUUUUGAACUUAUAAAUCAGUUUUUUGAGAGUCUGUGUCUGAAAUAUGUGUUUGUAUGCAGCUUCUGUGCUUUGCAUCCAGUCAGCUCUGCACUGCUGCCUUGUAUAUUCGUAAUUUCACACCACAAACUAUAUUCAAAGCAGCAUCCUACACUUUUUUUUUCUUUCCUAGUUUAAUGAGAAGCAGUGCAAAUGUUUCACUGUUUCACUUCUGUAUCACAGUUUUUCCUUUUUAUCUUCUUUGAUAUUUCAACAUCUUAAAUUUUGGGGAACAAAGGGAACACGGCUGCUUUUUCUAUGCAAAAAAUUUUAAUUAACUCACUUGAAUUUAUGUCUGACUAUUUUUUAUUUAGAUAAAUUUUGAACAUUUGUAAAUUCUGUAUGUAGCAACCUGCAUAUCUGAUGGCUUUUAAACGUAUAUACAAGUAUCAUUUUGUGUGCCUAUAUUUUUCUUCUUCUUUUUUAACACUAAUAAUAAAUGAUAAUAAAACAG